AUGCCAAAGAAAGAAUCCAUUCUCAAGCGACAUUUCAAACAAAUGCUGAAAAGCAGCAACAACAACAAUACCGAUUCAGUAUCUUCUCAAAAGAAAAAGAAGAGAAAACAUGAUAUUACAACAAAUGGUAGCAGUAAUGAAAGUGGUAGUGGUGAUACAAGAAGUAAAAUAACAUCGGAAGCAACAAGGAGGAAUGAAACGCAAUUUGAUGAUGAAGAAAAUAAUGCUGCGAAAUAUAGCCAUGAGGAUGAGGAUGAUGAUGAGGUUGAUGAAUAUAAAGAGUAUGAAAAUUAUGAGGAUGAUGGUGAUGAUGAUGAAAUGAAUGAUGUUGAUAAAAGUAAUAAUAAUAAUAAUGAGAACAUGAAUGAGGCUCAUCAUCGGAAUACUUCUUCAAGCAAGGAUCAAGAAAACCAAGAAAACUCGUCCAAUCACUCAACCAAAAACAUUCAACAUUCGACAACUAGUACGGUGGAAGCUCCAUCCAUUGAACAAACUCAACUCAAUUAUCAAGCAAAAUUAGCCCUUCUUUCAAAGUCUAAACCACUCCAUAGAAUUGAUCUCGGAAAGAAAUGGACAGCUCUCAACAAUCCACCCAUUCAAAGUGAGCUUCUUUCAGUGAUUCAUGAUGAUUUCAAAUUUACUCACAUGUCUCCAGUCCAAGAAAAUACAAUUCCUUUGUUGUUGAAUAAUAAGGACGUUGUGGUACAAGCUCUGACUGGCUCUGGUAAAACUCUUGCUUUUAUGAUUCCAAUUUUUCAAUAUAUACUGACCAGACAAUUUGAGGGAAGGACUCCAUCGGAGGAGGAAAUGGCCUCAAGGCGGAAGAAUGUCUAUUCGAUCGUGUUGUUACCCACACGAGAGCUAGCUAGACAAGUUUAUGAUGUGGCAAACAAAUUUUCUUCAAAAACAAAUCUGAUAGUGAAAUUAUUUAUUGGAGGAGAGGAAAGAGAAACCCUGCAGCCUGCCUCUGAAUUUUCACAAACCUCAAAAGAUAAGCUGUCAAAGUUAGAAAGCUCGUUUCUGGAUUGCAACAUUGCCAUUGGAACUCCAGGUCGAAUGCUUGAUUAUUUAAAAUCAAAACUAUUGAAAGUGAAACAUUUAGAAAUUUUAAUUAUAGACGAAGCAGACAUCAUUUUGAAUAUGGGUUUUCGACAGCAAGUGGAUGAAAUAUUAUCACAUCUACCCAAGCAACGCAGAACUGGAUUAUUUAGUGCGACUCAAACCAGUGAACUUGAUGACUUGGUUCGCUCAGGUCUUAGAAAUCCAAUGAAAGUCACAGCAGUUGAAUCUCAUGACAGUGGAAACGACAAGAAAAAAGUCACAGUUCCCUCCCAAUUAACUAAUUUCUUCUUGUACUGCGAUUACAGACAAAAGCUAAAUUAUUUGAUUCACCUUCUCAAGAAUGACGAUCCAAUUCCGAGUGGAAACAGCGUCAUUGUUUACUUUUUAACAUGCGCCUGUGUUGAUUUUUAUUCUAAACUCUUUCGAGAAAUUUUGGGAAAGAAGGAUUUACAAUCGAUUCAAUUAUUUUCAUUACAUGGUCAAAUGGUUCAAAAGAGAAGAAAUGCCGAACACCAAUCAUUCAAGACUGCCUGUGAAGAAAUUUCGAAACAACAAGAAGCCUCCAGCGAAACAAGCAAUGAAACAUUGCCCACUCCAACCCACAACAAGAAGGCAGUUCUAUUUUGCACAGACGUUGCAGCAAGAGGUCUCGAUUUUCCAAGUAUUUCAACAAUUAUUCAAUUUGACGCACCGACCAACCCAGAUCAAUUUGUACAUCGUGUGGGGCGAACAGCGAGAAUGGGAAAGGAAGGCCAAUCCAUGCUCUUUUUAGCACGUUCAGAAAAUGAUUAUAUCGACUAUUUGGAAUUUAAGAAAAUUCAGAUGCAUGAAUUGAGGCCCUCUCAGAACAUGAUUUCACAAAAUUAUGUCAAUAAGGAAACUCUCAAGAAGGUUAUUCAAAGUGAUAGAGAUAUUUUCGAGAAGGGAGAAGAAGCACUAAAGAGUUUUGUAAGGUCCUAUAAGGAACAUCAACUGUCUUAUAUCUUCAAAUUUGACAAGUUACGAUUUGAUCAAUUACUGGAGGCGUAUUGUGUGUUAAAACGACCCACCAUUCGUGAAAUUAAACAACAGAUGGAAAAGAUUGUUCUUCCUUUUGCCAAGGAUAUUAUAGAUCCUGAUGCCAUACCUUACAAAGAUGUGAGAAGAGAAAAAUCAAGAUUAGAGCGAAUGAAAAAGCAAGAAGAAAACAAACAACUUUUGGAAGAACGCAAAAAAGAACAUAUCAAGGAGCAGAAAGAGCAAAAGAAAAAUUCUGUGAAUUAUUUGAAAGAUAAAGUCAGAAAUAGGAGUGACUUGUCUUCGAGAGAGAAGAAACAAAUAUAUAACAGAAUUGAAAAUCAUGAAUUCAAUGAAGAGGCCAUGUUGUUGAAACGACUCAAGAGAAAGGAAAUCACUGAGGAAGAGUACGAAGAAUUGACUGGUGAAUCGAAAAUGGAAGAAGAAAUUCUCAAAAAGCUUUCUGAAAGAAAACGAAAACAAUUACAAUCUCAAUUCAAAAAGAAAUAA